UUCAAAUCCAAAUUGCUAAUAGAAUGGGUUCUCGUUGACACUAAUGACAUAUACCAUUUUAAAGGUUUUUUAUACCUUUAUUUAUUUUGGCUCCAAAAUUGACAACAUUUCCGUCUCAGUUUUUUGCUACAUGGCCCACUGUGACAGUACCGUGUGUUUUUAGGCAUGGCAGAGUAACCGGAUCACUCCGGGCACCUGGUCUUCUUCAUACUCAUGUGUGCAAAAGUAAAUGCAUAAUAUUUCAAAACCUCAUGGGCAAAAUGCAGCCAGAGAACCUGGCAUCUGAAAUAACCAGUCCCUUUAAUUCUUCUGCAAGUACUAACAGUGAACAUGUACACCACAACAUGUGUCACAAUUAGGAACUAUAGUGGACCGUGAUGAAUGACCUUUCCCCCGGAAGUGAACCGUGUUGUGAGACCUUAAACAAAACCUGUCAUAUUCAUAAAACACAAUUUAGGUGUUUUCAUAUAAUUUACACCAUUUGGAGUAAAAUGGACCCACACAUGACCCACAUAACACAAAAGAUAAUGAAGUUAUGGCCCGAAAAGAGGCCAUGUACAACAUUGUUGUGACAGUACAUUAUAUACUCAGAUAUGUCAUACACAAAAAAUAUGUCUAACAUUAAUUGUGGCUAAUGUUGCAUAAUAGGUGUUCUUUUUUCAUGUCUAAAUAAAGGUAAUAGCAUUCCUAGGUAAUAUUCAAUGAAUGGAAUUGUCACAUGACAAGUUCUUAGUUACUGUUGCCAUGGGUAUCCAGGUACUGUCCAUGAACAAUUGGAAAAUGGCAGCUCCCCAAAAAAAUGCUAGAAACACUAAACGACGAAAGAAAGGCACAUCAUUGUUCCAAAAGGGCAAUUGUAAGUGGAGAAAAACAUCAGAGCAGCCUCAGACAAGGGACAAGGGACAGGAGAAGGAACAAAUUCAGCCUAUGAAAACAGACACACAGAGAGUUAAACGCAUCGAGAUUGAGAUUUUUCAGUCAGUCAGUACAUCUGGAAACACACUGCCAUCUAAGUUAAGACCCAAGAUAAAGAAAGUCUCAUGUAAGUCAGCACCUAGGCUUAAUAAUUUUACUGGAAAUGUCAUAGUAAACAUUAAUAACUUGCCACUGCUUGUAAACAAGUUUUGUUCUAUUCACUCGGCACACUCAAAUGAAUGCAAAAGUCCCCAUUGUGUUUUACGUUCCAUCAAGUAUGUUGGACUAUGUGUCAGUGUUUGUCUAGGAUGUCAGAGCUGCAAUGUGAAUAUCACCAUGGACUUAACUGAUAAACUGCCCAAACCUAAAAACAAACCAGGUCCUCCACCAUCCACUCUGAAUAAGGCAUUGGCACUGUCGGUAUUAAAGACGAAAGCUGGUCCCAGUGACGUCAGAUACAUCCUGUCACUACUGGACAUAAAGCCUCCAUCCAUGACACAACUACAGAAGGAUUUGAAACUAUUAAGCAAUGAAACAGUCCACAUAAAUAAUGUAUCAAUGAAGAAAAAUCAAGAGUUCAUCAACGAAGUUGCCAAGAUGCUUAACCAAGUAACAUCCAAUUCGCGUGGCCUCAUUCCCGUCGAAGCCGAUUGCUCGUACAACAACAGGUGCCAGAGUGGUUACGAAGCUGAGACCCAGGCCUUCUGUCCACUGGUGGAGCAGCUGACCAAAAGAAAGCUGGUGUUAGGCUUGUCAACUGCAAAUAAAUUGUGUAGAAAACAUCAAUGCAGUCAUACAAAAUGUGCACGCACUUAUAAUCCAACACAUUCAAUGGCAUCUGUAGAAAAGAAGUUAAUAUCAGAAAAUAUUACAAAUGUAGAGUCCCAAAAUGUUGUAAAAAUCUCAAGCCUAACAACUGAUGCAUGUGCACAAUUAGGAAAUAUAAUGCAAACUUCAAAUCCUAUCCACUGUUCCUCUCAUUCCAAUAUGUUCCCUCUUAAGUAUGUGUGUUUUGUGCACCGAAUGCGAAGAGUUUUUAUAAUACAAAAGUUGCAGCACUGA